AUGAGCCGCAAGCUUGCUACUGCCGUUGCUUGCAUGUACAAGGAAGAAGAAAAGGAGGAGGGUACAAAUACCCGUGGUAGUAGGGAAAUCCCAUGGUCAAUUAUUAUUUCAUUCAUCCCCCGCCGCCACCAAUCCAAGCAAGCGACCUCCUGCUCCAGAACUCACCGAUGCCGCCUCUUCCUUCGAUCUCUCCCGGAGGCCGCUAAAACCCACCAGCCUUUUCUCUCAUCUCAGCAGCUCGAUGAUCAGCCGGAGACUUUAAAGUUCGAAGGUGGAGGCGCGGUUGCGGGUAGGCACACGAAGCACUUGGAGUCCCCUGGAGUGGAGGUGAAGGGGUUGGAAGAGGUGGCCGAGCAAUGGCGGAGGGCGAGAUCUCUCCGAUGUGGGUUGAUCAUGUGA